CCUACGACUCUUCAUCGUCAUUUUGAUCUACCGAAGACACAGAUUCAGCCGCCGACGAACGGUCUUGUCCAUCCGGCGACACUUUUACUCUAAGACGACGAGAAAAAUGACGAUUAUCAAAUUUCUGUAUCGAUCUAUCUAUCUCACUUCAUCCGCCGUCAAUCGUUCGCAUCACCAGAUUCUGCGCCCUGGCCUGCGAUAUCUUCAUUUAUCUCCUCGUCCUUUGCUCCCCAAACCAUCGCCUGCUUUCGGUUAUAAUGGUCUUCUAAACUCUCUUCCAAGUGCUGGAAGUGUCCGUUAUUACAGUGAAGAUAUGUCCCACAUGCCUGCCGUGGAGGACCCUGAAAUUGUUAUCCCUUACAAGGACUUAAUGGCUGCAAGUUGGGACGAACUUCCCGACACAUUAAUCCACGAUGCGAAGAAAGCUCUGUCGAAAAAUACUGAUGAUAAAGCGGGUCAGGAGGUCUUGAAAAAUGUUUUCCGUGCAGCAGAGGCAGUUGAGGAGUUUGGGGGAAUGCUAGUAUCUUUGAGAAUGGAAAUUGAUGACAGCAUUGGACUGAGUGGCGAGGAUGUAAAACCAUUGCCAGAGCAUCUUGAGAAGGCAUUGAUUACUAUCUAUCAAAGGUAUGUUGCAUACUUGGAUUCCUUUGUCCCUGAAGAGACUUACUUGCGUAAAAAAGUAGAGACUGAGUUGGGGACCAAGAUGAUACACUUGAAGAUGCGAUGCAGUCACAUUGGUUCUGAAUGGGGAAAGGUUACAGUUCUUGGGACAUCAGGGUUAUCUGGUUCCUACAUUGAGCAGAGAGCUUAGUUGUUGAUUAAUAUUAAAUGAUGUCCUUAUGCAUACAUGUUUGAUGCUAAAUGGGUCUAUUUCCAUUUUCAAAAACUUAUGUGUUCACUCUUUCUGCUUGUUUGCUAGCACUUAUAAAGUUGGGUUUCUGCAUUAACCAGGGCAGUUGCCUGAAUAAAAUGCUUGCAUUCCAUA